UCUUUUAAAGAAAAACACAGAGACACGCAUAAAUUCUCUCACUGUCCUCCAUUUUCUUUCUACUUCACUAUAAUAUUUUUUCUUCAAUGUCUGUAAUUACAUGUUCUUUUCCAGUUAAUCUUCCUUUUAGAACAUCGAAACCACAUGUGAACAAGAUCGUGAUGCUUCAAAACAACCAAGUUCCUUGUAAGAAAUCACCGGAAAUUCAGAUCAGUGGUUUCUCCAACAACAAUAAGGUUUUUGAGGACAAAGCUUUGGGUGUAAUAUGUUACAGAGAUGAUAAUGGUGAAAUAGUUUGUGAAGGGUAUGAUGAAGGUCCUCGUUUCAUUUCUCCUACUCUUUUUCAUCAUAGAGAUGCAGAGAUCCUUGAUCUUCUUCGAGAACGAUGGAUUCAAAUUGUUAAUAGUGGAGGCUUCAAAAACCCUAAAGAUGGGGUUUCAAACUUCAAGGGGAAUGGUUUUAACAAAUUCCUUUAGUAAAAACCCUAGCUCUUAUAUAUAUACACAUACUUGUAUGCAUAUUAUAUAGCAAAAAAACAACUCCGUUAUAUAUAUAUUUGUAUGCAUAUUAUAUGGGACACGGAUAUUCCAUAAAAAAAUUAAAAAGAUUGGAGAAUUAAAGCUAAGAGCUCCUUUUGAGGUUGAA